GUGAAGUUGACAGUUGCUUUAAAUUAGAGUGCCUGGCUCGAGUUCAAGGCAAUGAGUGGGAGUUUAUUUAGCUGAAAAAGACAGUUGCAAAACUUGGGAAUCAAGCUCCAAAUGAAUCCAGAGAAGCCUAUUAUUUGACAGUGAGGCACCUCUCCUUGUUUUUAGAAGGAUUUUUACUCAUUUGGCAUAGUUGUAGUUGUGUGAACUUUAACAAGUAUGUUGCAACUCCAAAGGAAGCAUACGAUUUUGUUGGAAAAGUUGAGAUCUGUAGCUCCAAAGCAAGCGAGAGGAUGAACGCAUUAAAAUGCCAGCUGGAACUCACCUACCAGACAGCUUAAAGAAAGGAGCUCUUAAAUAAAUCCACUCAACAGUAGAAAGACAGCAUCAUCCUCAGGUGUUUGCUGCCAAGCUUGUUUUGGUUAUGUCAGUCUGCAUCCGAAAAGAUUAGACUAAAAUUCAUUGCUUACGCAAAUCACUCAUGGGCAAUAGGCCUUGAAGCAUGUUUUUAAAAAUACAUGGGUGAAGGAAGUGGAUCUAAUUUGCAGUUCCAUAAAUUGUAGCUGAAGACGGGCCAGGUGAGCAGAGCACCAAAGAUGCUUGUGUUGCUAUAUGUCACAAGUUUUGCCAUCUAUACAAGUGGGCAACCUCUUCUCAGCCAGUUUAAAGGAGAAAAUUAUUCUACAAGAUACGUUUGUAGCAUACCUGGAUUGCCAGGUCCUGCAGGUCUUCCUGGAGAUCACGGAUCACCUGGACCUCACGGGCGCAUUGGUAUCCCAGGACGAGAUGGUAGAGAUGGCAGGAAGGGAGAAAAGGGUGAGAAAGGAAAUGCAGGUUUAAGAGGAAAGACUGGCUCUGUAGGACAAGCUGGAGAGAAAGGAUACCAAGGAGAACCUGGUAAAAAAGGACCAACAGGAAUGGGAGGUGCUAAAGGUGUCAUUGGUCCUGUCGGUCCAGCAGGUCCAAAAGGGGAUAAAGGAGAAAGAGGAAAAACAGGUUUACCAGGAAUUUGUAAGUGUGGAAAAAUAGUACUGAAAUCUGCCUUUUCUGUUGGGAUCACAACGAGUUACCCAGAGGAAAGAUUGCCAAUCGUAUUCAAUAAAGUUCUGUUCAAUGAAGGGGGGCAUUACAAUCCUUCAAAUGGGAAGUUCAUAUGUGCCAUCCCAGGGAUAUAUUACUUCUCCUAUGAUAUCACUUUGGCAAACAAACAUCUUGCCAUUGGCCUAGUUCACAAUGGGAAAUUCCGGAUAAAGACAUUUGAUGCUAAUACAGGAAACCACGAUGUAGCUUCUGGGUCAACAGUGAUUUACCUUCAGCCAGAGGAUCAAGUAUGGCUUGAGAUCUUCUACACCGAUCAGAAUGGCCUUUUUGCUGAUCCCACAUGGGCGGACAGUCUGUUUUCAGGAUUCCUCUUGUAUGUUGAUACAGACUAUCUUGAUGCCCUAUCUGAUGACGAUGAACUGUGAUGCUGGAGAUAAGCAAACUCUAAAUGAACACAAGACAACGAUCAGAAUCUGAACUUCAUUGUUAAUGAGACACAACAAUAAAAGUUUGAUCGGGGAUUUUGGUUUUGCUGUCAAGGUUCCCAAAGUAGAAGCCUUAUUUUUCUGUAAUAGGUGCUGUUAGCUGUUGUUUUUAUUAAAUAUAUGGUUUUGCUAACUCAGUGUAUAUAAUAGUCCUCUCAAAAACCAUGAUUAUAAUAUUUAAGCAAAUGUAUAAUAAUGUACAUGCAAUUUUAUAUAAAAUAUGUUGAAAAAUUGCUAGAUUAUUAUUGCUGUAAAGCUAAAUAUGAAUGAUAUCAGUGGUAAAUACUUUUAUAGUUCAAGAGAGGUAAGUGUUAAUAAAGUGCAGGCAAGAAGAAAUGUAAAUGCAAUUAUACUACUGUUACCUCUUUUAAUUUUUUUUACCACAGCCAAGACCAGGAAAACUGUGUAGGCACAUUCCUUUAUGCCUCCACCACCAGCUGCCAUCUCAUAUUGCAAGAAAGGAUGGAAUUUUCUGAAAAUUUCAAUGUCAAGCUUAUCCACACAGAUUUUUUUGGAAUACCCAUCUUGCUCCUUAAUCUCAAUGAGAAGCAAGUUUUCCCAUUUCUGCUAAAAAUGCAAACUAUUAUUGCAUAUUAUACACAUUUUUAUAUGUAUAAUAGUGCAUGCUUAUAAACUUCAGGUUUUCUAAAUUAACCUGCACAGUUACAAACAACAAGGUAUAUAAUUGUAUAAAAAGAUGUAUGCUUUAAUUAUACAGCCAUGAGAGUGGCCAUAAACUAUAGACAGCGUGGAUUUUUUGCAUUCUGCAAUGUUAAAUUUAAAAUACCCCCUAUUCCAUUCUGAUGCUUCCCAUAAGCUCAUUUCAAAACAAAACAUUACAAAAUGUAUAGUCCUGAACUCAGAGACGCUUGCUUAACCCUCUAAAUGUUUAUGGUGAUACACAAAACAGAGAGAAUUGACAGUUCAAAGUGUAUAAAGAGAGAGAGAAAAAACAGACCCCUUUUGGACUUUUUUCUGUCAGAGUUCUCAUAAUUUGUUGAAAUUAAAUAAAAAUCAACCAUAUUCACAGAGGACCUGUAAUCCCAUUAUUGACCUUGUCCCAUACUCUCACCUUCAUCUUCUGCAGUUUAAAAGUUUUUAAAAAAUUGCCUGGCUGAUCUUUAAUUCAUUUAAGACAUUUAGCAUUCAAAUCUAUCAUAACGUCAGGCAUGCUCAAUAAGAACCAAUUGUCAGCAUUCUAAAAGCCAGACUCACAGCUGCUUGGAUUGGCUAAUUGGGGGGCCACACCCUCACUAGGCAUUUAUCUCACUUGAGACAGUCAUGGCUUCCCCCAAAGAAUCCUGGGAAGUGUAGUUCAUGAAGGGGGCUGACAGAACACUCCUAUUCCCCUGACAGAGCUCCAGUGGCCAGAGUGGUUUAACAGUAAGCCACUCUGAUUGUAGCUCUGUCAGGGGAAUAGAGCGUCUCCUAGCAACUCUCAGCAACCUUCACUAACUACACUUCCCAGGAUUCUUUGGGAGAAGCCAUGACUGUCUAAAGUGGAAUAAAGGUCUGGUGUGAAUAUGAUCAGUGACAGCUUUGGUUUAAAUUUGGGUGGGAGGCUAUAUGUGCCUGCUGUAGAAUAAAAAGUUGGGGGAAAUGCUGAAAAACAAUAUUAUUCACAAUGUUUUCCUUUUGGAAAGGAAAGAGGCUUCCCCUCUGCCCAGUGUCCAUCCACCCAAUCUCUCCCCCUCCCCUCCCCCUCCCUGCCCCUCCCCCAGGUCAGUUUCACCUAUCCUAAGCAUGAUUGCACAUGGGUAGUUCCCAUUGAACUCAAAAAGCACGCAAAUGGUCACACCUACCCUCUGCUCCUCCUCUCCUCCUCCCUCCUAUCUCUUGCCCCUUCCCUCCCCCUUCCUUUGACCCUCCAUCCCCCUCCCCUAUCCCCUUCCAAACCCCUCUUUCCCCUCCUCCUUCGCCAUGAUCAGUUUUACCUUUCUUAAGCAUGCUUGCACAGGAUCCUAUUGUACUCAAUAAGCAUGCAAAUUAUCAAACCUGCCCUCCCAUCCUCCUCCCUCCCAUCACCUCACUUUUGCCCCUUCCCACCCCCUUUAUUCAGUCCUCCCUCCUCCCCUUCCAACCCCCUCCUUCUGUUCCCCUCUCUCCUCCCUCUCUUCCUCCCCCAUGGCCAGUUUUACCUAUCCUAACCAUGACUGCAUGGAACUAAAUCCCAUUGAACUCAAUAACAUGCAAAUGAUCAAACCUGCCUUUCCCCUCCUUCCCUUCUCCUCUCCCUUCCUCCUCCCCUCUUCUCUUCCUUCCUCCUCCUUUCACCCUCCCCUCCCCUCUUCCUUCUUCCUCCUCCCAUGCCCACUCCAGCCCUCCCUCCCUCCCUCUUCUCCUUCCCCCAGUCAGUUUUACUAUGCUAAGCAUGAUUGCACAGGAGUAAAUCCCACUGAACUCAAUAAACAUGCAAAUGAUCAAACGUGCCCUCCCUCUCCCCUCCUCCUCCUGCCUGCUCCCCUCCCCCUGCUCCCCUCUGCCCUUCCUCCUCCUCUCCCCAACCCGUGGUCAGUUUUACCUAUCCUUAGCAUGAUUCAGGGGAGUAAAUCCCAUGGAACUCAAUAAGCAUGCAAAUGAUCAAUCCAUUCUCAGCAAACUUGCACAGGAUCCCAUUUCCUACCUCCUUGAUUAAAAAGCAGAAAAAUUCACUAAUAGGCAAACAACCUUGCAGUUUAAGAACGUACC